UUUAGAUUGUUAGGGCUCGCGGGCCUUUGGAUGGCAGAAUAACGUUUCGAUAAGAACAAUCAGCAAACAGAACGGCGUGGGCUAAAUGAAGGGAGGAAGGCUUUGUGACACAUCCAUCAUAUCCAGCUUCCUAGAUAUCCCUGAGCAGGGGAGCUUAACCGAAUACCCGGUUGGCGAGAGAGAUAUUCAUAACAUAUUCAUCGUUUUCAGGGGAAAUACUAGCUUGUGAACAACAAUGGGGAUCAAAGGACUUAAAAAACGUCACGCAACGUCUGUCAGCGACCUAUCCCGAGAAGAUAUCAGGGUUCUUGCUCGGCUCUUUUACUUCACAACGCAAGCUGCAACACCGGAGGAUGCGCGGAUCUUCGUCUCAGCCGUUGUCGCCAGCCUACCCCGGCACCUCCGGCGUUCCAAAGUCUGCGACUUCUUCUGCACCACACUCCGUCUCCUUCCGAGCGAAGCCAAGUCCUGUUCACUGCACAAGCGCCUAAAUAGCCACGUAAUCAGCUCGAUCUUCCGGCUGGUCCAGCUCGAAGUCGGCCCGCGGCUAGACCGGCUCGCUAUGCACCGCUCGCGCCUAACCGUCAAGCAGCGGAUCAUGGUUGAUACCCUGCGCGAAAUCAACGGUAUGUGGAUGACCUCAACACGGCUGGAGAAGGAGUUUUCCCUCCCGUCGAAUACGAAAUGGUACUUCCAGGCCAGUGGGUGCGAGGCGUGUAUGCUCUCACGAAUCCUGCAGGAUGCAACGGCGAUCAAGAACCUGCGUACGGUGCUGCUGAGUCGGACGCGGACUAGAGGAUGGGCAGGCAAACCGCCGAAGUUGAUGCGAUGGGUGGAGGAGAGCAUGGCGUGUCAUGGUGAAAGCAGGCUGGAUAUAUUUGUCAGAAGUGGCGAGGAUGCGGCGGAGUUGAAGGAGGUGAGAAAGACAAUAAACAAACUUAGGCGAAGAAGGUACUGUGUCGCCACAGAGGCGGCCGUACCUGAGGAAGGCGUCAAUGAAGAAGAACCAGGAAAAGAGGCCGGGAGGGAGGAAAGCCGGAAGGAAGGCCGGGAAGAAAAAGCGGAAGAAGACCUUCCCGGCCUGCUUUCACCCAGGCCUUCAUCGAGCAUAUACAGCGGUAGACGCGCUCUUGACAACGACAACGACCCGGACCUUGACAUCGAGAUCAUCCGCUUAUAUCAACGAGACUCGCGAAUGGAGAUAUUAUUCAACGAAACGGAUUCCCCGCAGACACAAUGUCCUCCACAUUGUAAUCAGUCUGAGCACCCGGGAGCAUCAGAGACAAUACACGAAGCUGAAGGCAAGCAAGAGGUGUUCGACAACAACUGUUUGCACUAUGGUAGACACAUUGUUGCUGGAUUCUCAAACGAGGUAGCACGCUCAGCGACGCCGAAAACGAGCCGUGACUGGGCCGACGAGUACCGAUCCAUCCUCACUCGCGAUCCACGAGUUGAAUAUUCGGCCCAGAGCUCAUGGGGAGAUGCCUCGGUGAUUUGGGACAAGCCAGAAUCGAACACCACACGAUGGAGCACAAUGGUUGCAAACCUCCAGGAGCCUUGA